AUGACCACGAUGACCACGCUGCUCUCUCUGGUCCUAGUCGGACUGGCUGUGAGUCUCAGUGCUGUGGCAGGUGCUUCACUCCAUAAGUCUCCCUGUGAACCAGGAUGGGAGUGCUUUCAUGAGCGAUGCUACAAAUACUUCCCAUUUCCAAAGAGCUGGGCUGAUUCUGAGGUCCACUGUGUCAGCCUUGGAGGCAGCCUGGCCUCAGUGCACAACAGCUAUGCCAAUCAUUUUGUCACCAAUCUGAUUAAAAGCCAGGACUCCACUGGUCCUGUCACCUGGCUGGGAGGCUCCAACUGCCAACAGAUCUCAACAUGGCUCUGGACAGAUGGCACAAAAUGGGAUUUUUCAUUCUGGAACCCAGGAGAGCCUAACAAUGCUUACAAGAAGGAGAAGUGCCUUGAAAUCAACUAUAAAGGUAAUCCCUGCUUCUUGUGUGCGGAGUAA